GCCCAAGCGGCGUCGGCAGGACAUCACUCACAUCCCAAUCAGAACUUCAUACCAGCGGUACCUGGAAUUCAAAGAAGUGAUAGCCUGGAAACGUCCAGCGAGGAUUCCGCACUAGCAAUGUCGACUGCGUCUGCACCCUCUGAAUCGAAUCACAGCAAGUUUUCGUACAGCAUCACACUUCCUGGCUCUGUGACAUCACUGGAUGAAGCUGAAGGAAGUGGAGAAAAUUCACAACAAAGGGGUGAUGUGCCAAGUCUCGUCCUUAGCAAAAGCGAAACUGAUCGAGCACAUGGAGGAAAAGCUAGUGACGAAGUGAAUCUCUCUGAGCUCGUUCACUCAAUUUUGACGUCUUCGUCGCGAUCCGAUAGGAGUGCAGUGCGCGAUCAACUGAAUCAGCUUAUCAGACGGCAUAUGAAAGAUGAGGCUGAUCGACAGUCAUUGGAUCUGACACCUUCUGCGCGACAAGAUGCUGCUGCACUGCGGAUCUCUGGGGUACUUUUCAGAAGUAUUUCUAAGUUACUGAACAGAAAAGGUUCCAUUCAGCAUACACACAUAUACAGUCUCGGCUAA